ACUCGUCUUCUUCCUCUGUUUCUGCGACAUCACCAUUUGAGAAAGCUCCGACAUUCUUUCUUCUGUAAGAAGCAAAAGUUCAGAGGAAAGAUUUAAGCAUUUAUUCGUCUUCCUCUACCUCACUCCACAACGAUUCUUCCUUCGUUUCUCUCGCUGUUGCUCGCCCAUUGCUUGAAGCCUCUUCUUCCUCUUUUCUCUUAUGUAUGAAAGGUAGAAGGUUGGAUUUGAAACUUCUUUUGGAAAGAAAACUAUGGCUACACUUGGCGACAUUGGUCUUGCUGCAACUAUAAACAUUCUUAGUGCCUUUGCUUUCUUGCUAGCAUUUGCUAUAUUGCGUCUGCAACCAUUCAAUGAUAGGGUUUAUUUCCCAAAAUGGUACCUUAAGGGAGUAAGGACUAGUCCGACGAUCUCGGGCUCAUUCGUGCAUAAGUUUGUAAAUUUAGACUUCAGAUCAUACAUGACGUUUCUUCAAUGGAUUCCUGCUCUCAAAAUGCCGGAACCGGAGCUGAUUGAUCAUGCUGGAUUAGAUUCCGCUGUUUAUUUGCGAAUAUAUCUAUUGGGGCUUAAAAUCUUUGCUCCUAUCUGCUUGUUGGCCUUUGCUGUAUUGGUUCCUGUUAACUGGACAAAUAAUACUCUGGAGGUUGAGGCUACAAAGGCUUCGGAUUUGGAGUUUAGUGCUAUAGACAAGAUUUCUAUUUCCAAUAUUCCCACAGGAUCAAAUAAAUUUUGGGCACACUUGGUGAUGGCAUAUAUGUUUACCUUUUGGACUUGCUAUGUGUUGUUCAAAGAAUAUGCAAUAAUUGCAUCGAUGAGAUUGCAUUUUCUUGCAUCAGAAAAACGCCGUCCAGAUCAGUUCACAGUCCUUGUAAGAAAUGUCCCAGCUGACCCAGAUGAGUCAACCUAUGAGCUUGUAGAGCACUUCUUCCUUGUCAAUCAUCCAGAGCACUUUCUAACACAUCAGGCAUGUUUCUCUACUCCUCGUAGCUAUAAUCUCUGCUUAUAUCAUCGAUCUGAGCACAUCUUUAUUUAUUUCACUGGUAUUUCUGCUUGA